CCAUCGAAGAGCAGUGGCUGCGCUAACCAUUCCAUGAACGAAUGCACCCUGUGCUUCCCGCUUAUGGUUACGGCGUUCAUGGGUGCGGCGUUCAUUGUAUGAUCAGCUGAUUCACCUAACCGUAACCGAAAGAUUUUCUCUCGCAUUUGAGUUGCGUCGGCGAUUGCGACAAGUUGCUGUGAUAUGUUUAUUGUAGACAUUAAGCCAUACAUUUACACGUCUACAUACGGAUAUUCAAGAUGAAUGAUUCUUUCUUGGAAGAUUUAGAAUUAAUACCAACAGACUUGAAGAAGACAUCUCAGAAAACACCUCAGCAAUUGGAUUGCCAUAUAACCACCAGACAUGCUACCUCAUCUCCAUUACUUCAUUUCUCAGAGCAAGGUGAGAGAAAUAAUGUUAUGCGACAGAAGGAACCUUUCACAAUAACAAUUCCAAGUACACCUGAUAUAAAGAUUAUUAGUAAUAAAGAGUCUUCUUUGAAACAUUCCAAGAGUCAAUAUGAUCAAAAUGCGAAGAAACAUUUUACGAAUGUCAAAGUAUUAGAGAAACCGGAGAAGAUUACAGACAUUAAAGGAAAGCCUGUAGAUAUAAAAGCAAAAAUGGGCAGCAAUAAUCAGCAGAGUGUCAGCGGAGAACACAAAAUGAAACUUCAUGAGACAAAGUACCCUAAAGUGCCUGAAAGCAAAGAUUGUAAACGACGUUCAGGAUCUCUUAAAGAAACCACUCAUUCUCUAAAUACUAAGGAGAAACGGAAAACAUCCCUUGAUUCUGCUAAUAAUAAUUCCUCUGAUGCUUCUAGUAAGGAAAAUAGUCGUCCCUCAAAUUCUUUCAAAGAGGCUGGUCCUCAAAACCCGACGAAAGAGAAGGAAAAGUUGACUGAUAAAUCGAGAAAAUCAGGUUUUAAGAUACAAGAUCAAGAUCCAGUUGUUUUACUCACUGCUAUAAAAGAACUGAUUAGUACAUAUACCAAGCAAGAGAGUACCAAGAUUCUACGUGCUAUGCAGGAACUACAUAUAACUUCUCAAGCUACCUUGAUAAAAAAUCUUCUGAACCAGACGGAUGAUCUCAUUAAAGAAAUGCAUCCCAGUCAAUAUUCCGCUAGAAUGAAAACACUAAUUGACGAGAAUGAAUUCUUGCAACAGGAGUUGAUAGCUUUGCGUUUGCAAAACGAGACUCUACAGAAUAAAUUAGAAGAGCUUGAAUUUUUAAAACAAGAAAAUAUGAACUUGAAAUUGAAAUGUAACGAGCUAACUCAGACAUGAUAUCAAACGAUUGCGAUAAAUAUUGGACCGCGAAAUAUUUUUUUAUCUUUUUGCACAAAGUGCUAAUUAGGACGUCCACAAUGUAUUUUAGUUAUUUGACAUUUUACGAAACGCGUUAUAUAUUGCAAGAUUUAAAAAAAAAAUUUUUUUGCUGAAAGUGCCAAAAGAGAUUACUAAACACUUACUAAACUAUUCGCAUUUACUUUUAUUUAAUGUUAUGCCAAUAUAAUAAUAACAAUAAUAGAGAUCAUUUAAGUAUUAAUACAUAUAGUAAUGUAAGUGCCUUGACUUAUUGAAGUAUAAUAUUGAUGACAUUUUAUACAUAUCGCUAAAAUAAUUUAUUUUUUUACUAAAAUGUUAAAUACUAAUUCUUAGAUAUGCGUACUACUUUAAGAUUUUUUCCUAUACUAAAAUUUUUGUAGUAAUUAAUAAAUCAAAUUGCAUUUAUUUAA